UGGACCAUUCUAUCAGGAUGCAGCCAGGUAAGCAUGGACCAUUUCUUCAGGAUGCAGCCAUUUGAGCAUGGAAAAUUUCUUCAGGAUGGACUCAGGUAAGCAUGGACCAUUCUAUCAGGAUGCAGCCAGGUAAGCAUGGACCAUUUCUUCAGGAUGCAGCCAUUUGAGCAUGGAAAAUUUCUUCAGGAUGGUCUCAGGUAAGCAUGGACCAUUCUAUCAGGAUGCAGCCAGGUAAGCAUGGACCAUUUCUUCAGGAUGCAGCCAUUUGAGCAUGGAAAAUUUCUUCAGGAUGGACUCAGGUAAGCAUGGACCAUUCUAUCAGGAUGCAGCCAGGUAAGCAUGGACCAUUUCUUCAGGAUGCAGCCAUUUGAGCAUGGAAAAUUUCUUCAGGAUGGACUCAGGUAAGCAUGGACCAUUCUAUCAGGAUGCAGCCAGGUAAGCAUGGACCAUUUCUUCAAGAUGCAGGCAGGUAAGUGUGGACAAUUCCUCCGGUAUGGAGCCAGGUAAGCAUGGACCAUUCUUUCAAGAUGCAGCCAGGAAAGCAUGGACCAUUUUCAAGGAUACAGCCAGGUAAGUAUGAUACAUACCUUCAGGAUACAGCUGAGUAAGCAUGAAUCAUUCCUUCAAGAUGCAGCCACGUAGGCAGAGACCAUUCCUUCAGGUUGGAGCCAGGUAAGCAUGAACCGUUCCUUCAGGAUGAAGGCAGGUAAGCAUGGAGAAUUACUUCAGGAUGCAGCCUGGUAAGUAUGGACCAUUCCGUCAGGAUGGAACCAGCUCAGUAUAGACCAUUUCUUCAGGAUGCAGACAGGUCAAUAUGAACCAUUCUUUCAGGAUGCAGCCAAGUAAGCAUGGACCAUUUCUUGAGAAUGGAGCCUGGAAAGCAUGGACCAUUCCUUCAAGAUGCAGCCAGGUAAACAAGAACCAUUCCUUCAGGAUGAAUCCAGGUAAGCAUGGACCAUUCCUUCAUGAUGGAACCAGGUAAACAUGGACCAUUUCUUCAGAAUGCACCCAGGUAAGCCUGAACCAUUUCUUCACCAUGGAGCGAAGUAAGCAUGGGCCAUUCCUUCAUGAUGGAGUCAGGUAAGCAUGAACCAUUCUUUCAGGAUAAAUGCAGGUAAGUAUGGAUCUGUCUUUCAGCAUGUGGCCUCGUAAGCAUGGACCAUUCCUUCAGGAUGGAACCAGGUAAGCAUGAGCCAUUGCUUUUGGAUGUAGCCAGUUAAGUAUGUAACAUUCCUUCAGGAUGCAGCCAGGUAAGCAUGAACCUUUCAUUCAGGGUGCAGCCAGGUGAGCAUGGACCAUUCCAUCAAGAUUCAACCAGGUAAAUAUGGACAAUUCCUUCAGGAUGGGGCCAGAUAAGCAUGAACAAUUCCUCCAUGAUGCAGCCAGAUAAGCGUGGACCAUUUCUUCAGGAUGCAGCCAGGUAAGCAUGGACCAUGCCAUCCAUAUGUAGCCACACGGACCACUCCUUCAAGAUGGAGCCAGGUAAGAGUGGACCAAUACUUAGGAUGCAGUCAGGUAAGCAGGGACCAUUUUUUCAGGAUGCAGGCAGAUAAGUGUGCACAAUUCCUUCAGAAUGGAGCCACGUUAGCAUGAACCAUGUUUUUCAGACUGUAGUCAGGUAAGUAUGGACCAUUCUUUCAAGAUGUAGCCUGGUAAGCAUGAACCAUGCUUUCAGAUGGAGUCAGGUAAGCAAGUACCAUUCCUUUAGAAUGCAGCCAGGUAAGUGCCUACUAUUCCCUCAGGAUGGAGCCAAGUAAGUGUUAACCAUUCCUUCAGGUUGCAACUAGGUAAGCGUGGUCCAUUAAUUCAGGAUGGAGCCUGCCACGUGUGGACCAUUCCUUCAGGAUGCAGCCAGUUAAGCAUGGACCAUUCUGUCAGGAUGUAGCCCGGUAAGCAUGCAUCAUUUCUUAAGGAUGGAGUCAGGUAAGCACAUCCCAUUCCUUCAGAAUGCAGCCAGGUAAGCAUGGACCUUUCCUUCAAGAUGGAGCCAGGUAAGUGUGGAUCAUUCCUUCAGAAUGCAGCCAGGUAUGCAGAGACCAUUUUUUCAGGAUGCAGGCAAGCAAGUAUGAACCAUUCCUUCAGGAUGCAGCCAGGUAAGUGUGCACAGUUUCUUCAGGAAGAAGCCAGGUUAGCAUGGACCAUAUUUUUCAAAUGUGGCCAGAUAAGCAUGAACAUUUCCUUCAGGAUGCAGCCAGGUAAGCAUAGACUAUUCUUUCACAAUGCAGCCAGGAAAGCAUGGAGCAGUUUUUAAGGAUACAGCCAGGUAAUUAUGAUACACACCUUCAGGAUGCAGCCAGGUAAGUAUGACCUGUUUUUUCAGGAUGUAGCCAGGUGUGCAUAGACCACUCCUUCAGGAUGUGGCCAGGUAGGUGUGGACCAUUCUUUCAGGACAAAGCCAGGUAAGCAGAAAUCAUUCUUUAAGGAUGCAGCAAGGCAAGUAUGGACCAUUCCUUCAGAAAGCAGACAGGUAGGAGUAGCUCAUUUAUUGAGGAUGCGGCCAGGUAAUCAGAAACCAUUUCUUCAGGAUCCAACCAGGUAAGCAUGGACCAUUCUUCCUAGAUGGAGCCAGGUAUGUGUGGAUCAUUCAUUCAGGAUGCAGUCAGGUAAGCAUGACCCACUCCUUCAAGAUGGAGCCAGGUAAGUGUGAACCAUUCCUUCAGGUUGCAGCUAGGUAAGCAUGGACCAUUCCUUCAGGGUGGAGCCUGCCAAGUGUGGACCAUUCCUUCAGGAUGCAGCCAGGUAAGCAUCAGCCAUUCCUUCAAAAUGCAGCCAGGUAAGCAUGUACUAUUCCUUCAGGAUGCCACCAGGUAAGCAUGAACCAUUCCUUCAGGAUGCCACCAGGUAAGCAUGAACCAUUCCUCCAGGAUGCCACCAGGUAAGCAUGAACCAUUCCUUCAGAAUGGAGCCAGGUAAGCAUGAACCAUUUCAUCAGGAUGCAGCAAGGUAAACGUGGACCGAUCUGUCAGGAUGCAGUCAGGUAAGCAUGAACCAUUUCUUAAUAAUGGAGUCAGGUAAGCACGUAGCAUUCCUUCAGAAUGCAGCCAGGUAAGCAUGGACCAUUCCUUUAGCAUGGAACCAGGUAAGCAUGGACCAUUCUUUCAAGAUGCAGCCAGAUAAGCACAGACCAUUCUUUCAGGAUGGAGCCAGGUAAGCAUGGACCCUUUCCUGAGGAUGGAGCAAGGCAAGCAUGAACAAUUCCUUCCGAAUGCAGCCAUGUAGGCAGAGACUAACCCUUCAGGUUGCAGCCAGGUAAGCAUGAACCAUUCCUCCAUGAUAAGCCAGUUAAGCAUAGGCAAUUCCUUCAGGAUGUAGCCGGGUAGGUGUGGGCCAUUCCUUCAGGAUGCAAUCAGGUAAGCACGACCCAUUCCUUCAGGAUCCUGCCAGGUAAGUGUGGACCAUUAUUUCAGGAUGCAGUCAGGUAAGCAUGAACCAUUCCUUCAUGAUGGAGCCAGGUAAGCAUGAACCAUUACUUCACCAUGGAGUGAGGUAAACAUGAACCAUUCCUUCAGGAUAAAUCCUGAUAAGUAUGGACCUUUCUUUUAGGGUGUAGCCUCAUAAGUGUGGACCACUCCUUCAGGAUGGAGCCAGGUAAGCAUUAACCAUUGCUUCUGGAUACAGCCAGGUAACUACGUACCAUUUCUUCAGGAUGCAGCCAGGUAAGCAUGGACUAUUUCUUCAGGAUGGACCCAAGUAAGUGUCGACCAUUUCUUCCUAAUGCAGCAUGGUAAGCAUGGAUUAUUCAUUCAGGAUGCAGCCAGGUGAGUACAAAACAUUCCUUCUGGAUGGACCCAGGUAACCGUGGACCAUUCUGUCAGGAUGCAGCCAGGUAAGCAUGGACCAUGCCAUCAGAAUACAGCCAGGUAAGCAUGAACCAUUUCUUCAGGAUGGAGUCAGAUAAGCAUGUGCCAUUUUUUCAGAAUGCAGCUACGUAACUGUAGACAAUUCUCUUAGGAUGGAGCCAGGUAAGUAUGGACCAUUCCUAAAGAAUGGAGCCAGGUAAGCAUGAACCAUUCCAUCAGGAUGCAGCCAGGUAAGCAUGACCCAUUCUGUCAGGAUGCAGCCAGGUAAGCACGGGCCAUUCCACCAGGAUGCAGCCAGGUAAGCAUGGGCCAUUCCAUCAGGAUGCAGCCCUGUAAGCGUGAACCAUUUUUUAAGAAUGGAGCCAAGUAAGCAGGGACCAUUUUUUCAGGAUGCAAUCAGGAAACUAUGAACCAUCCCUUCAGGAUGGAGCCAGGUAAGCCUGGACCAUUUAUUCAGGAUGCAGCCAGGUAAGUAGGAACCAUUCUUUCAGCACGGAAGCAAGUAAGCAUGGACCGUUCCUUCAGGAUGCAGCCAGGUAAACAUGGACCAUACCUUUAGGAUAGUGCCAGGUAGGUGUGGACCUUCCUUCAGGAUGGAGCCAGGUAAGUAUGAACCAUUCCAUCAGGAUGCAACUUGGUAAGUAUGAGACAUUUCUUAAGGAUGGAGUCAGACAAGAGUGUACCAUUCCUUCUGAAUGCACCCAGGUAAGCGUGGGCCAUUCCUUCAGGACGCAGCCAGGUAAGCAUGGACUAUUUCCUCAGGAUGGAGUCAGGUAAGCAUGGCCCUCUCCUUCAGGAUACAGCCAGGUAAGCGUGGACCAUUUCUUCAAGAUGGAGCCAUCAAACAUGCAGAUAACACCACAGCACCCUUCGUCCAGUUGACUGGGUUUGGUAACAUGGUGGCAAAACCAAAAACUUGUAAACUAGUAGAAAAAUGUUUUUUAGCUCAUGCGUCCUCUUCGGACCAAGCUCAGACGCUGGUGCCGUCGGUCAACCUCCCUCCGUGGUUGGACAUCUUCUCCCGCAUCAGCUUCUGCCAGGGCGUGUGCCUGUGCAGCCCGAGUCCAGAGUUCCUGCGAGUUGAAUUUGGCAGGGAAGGCUGCUCUGAGGCAGACACCACAGCAACAUUGGCGCCUGGGGAACUUCAGAUCCGAGGGCACCUGAAGACCGGGUUCCCACCCGCUCCCGUCUCCGGUAACCCGCCACGAUGUGGGCAGCCUCGAAGAAGGCCCAUGAGCAACUUACCGAGUACUCCAGGGAAGCGAGAGCGCCAGCCGGCUAUGGGCUCGAGGCAGAGAGGCAGGAUUCACAAUCAAGACAAGGCAAUGCCGGACAGGUGUGCACACAUGGAACACGCGGUGUGUUUGGCUGCAGGAGAAGAAUCCAGUUUUCAGCAGAAAAUCCACGCCAUCUCUAUAUAUGCAUGCAGGCAUGAGUGUCUGUCCGCCCCUUAACUGUGGAGUUAAGAAUAAUGCGAUUACUCAUGCUGGAAAAACAAGACAAUUACCAUCAUAAAAGCCCACAUAGUUUACAGAUCUUGGAACUUGAACUUUCCUUAAAAGAUAAAUAUAGUAGUUUACAUUUUGGAGCUGGA